GCCUAACAGGCCACCCCCUACAGAAGCCCUGGCUUGCCAGUGCAGUGCAGCCAGGGCUGCAUCGCUGUCCAGAACAUCUGUGGCAGAACAUAUAAAAAGAAGAAAAGAAAAUAGUGGCUGUGUAUUUUCGGGAUUUCAUUUGCUAACUUCCCCCUCCGAAAUCUUCGACUUGGCCUGCUCGCGCCUUCUGGCCACCUGCUCCUCCAGCUCUCGCAUAAUGGACCACCACACGUACGCCAAGAGCGGAUCCAAGAAGUGGUCCACGGAGGAGAAACGCGACUUGGUGGUGCAGCGGAUCGCGGCGGAUGAGCUCUUCUCCCGCUACUCACCUAAGCACGCGGAGCCAUGGAAAAAAUUCAAGGAAAUGGCCAAGAUUGGCGAUUUCAGCGAGAUUGCGCUGCGCAAGCAAUGGUUCUCCAUGGUGCAGCGGUACCGCAUACACAAGGCCAACACGCUGGGCGCCCCACUCAACAAGCAGAGCAUCGAGGAGCUGAACAAGGAGUGGGAGUUCUUCGGCCUCAUCCACGCCUACAUGAACCAGAAGACCGCCGACCUGCAUUCGUACGCGCUCAAGGAGCCGAAUGUGGAGCAGCCGAACAACAACCUGGCCAUCGCCAGUGUCUACUCCUGCGACGAGGCGCAGCUCUCUCCACUCAUGCUGGGCGUACUCAAUGACCACAACUUUGGCGAACGCUCGCCGCCAAACGAAGGCGACACCGAUGACAUGGACGAGUCCAAAACGUCGCCCUGCCACCGGGUCAGUAACAGCAGCACCAAGGAUCACGUCCACAGCAACAACGAUGAGUUGGACAGGCUGCUCGCCGAGGCCACGGCGCGCAAGGAUGCGGCAGGUGGCGACGGCGAGGACGUAUGCAUGCUGAACAACACCAACUGCCACGAGAUGGAGUGCGGUCCGGUGAUGGUUGGCGGCGAGGUGUCCCUCUCCAAUAGUAGGUACAAUGACUUCGAGGAGGCGACACUGCCCACGACAACGGUUGUGAAGAGCGAGAAGCUCGAGAAGCAGAGCCAACAGGCGGAUAAAUUGUUAAGGAAACACCACCGCAAGGUGCUCAGCGAAAAGGAGAAGUAUUACAGGCACCGCCGUCGCUACGAGCAGCGAAUGGAGAAGCGUCUGAUGGGACUGUGCACCGUGGUGGGACACCUGCUGAAGCAGUUUGCGCCCGACAUGGAUGUGCAGCCACUGUUGGCCCUGGGCAGCGAUGUGGCGGUCAGCUCGCCGGCGCCAAGCAGCAGUGACGAGGAGAAUAGCGAGAUACUGGAGGAGGCGGAGGAGGAUCAAGAGAUCCAGCUGGAGCAGAAGCAGAUGUUGGGAGUCGAGGCGGAUGCCAUGAAACUCAGAGUUUGAGCAGACGCAUCCGAGUGCUCCUCUGGGCCCUUAAAUCCCAUCUCAAAUGACUAGCACUGCGCUUCGUCACUACGCGGACAACCAUCCACAGUGAUUUCUCGCUAAAGAAAAAGGCGCGAACAGCGCUGCAUAGAUAGACACGUUAAGUGAUAGCGAAAACUGAAUACAUUAAUCAAAUGAAUGAAUGUAAGCAUUAUACAAACCAGAAAGCAAACCAAAUACAAUAUGUAUGGCAAUGUAA